UUUAUUCUAAGAAUAACAGAUUUAUUGGGAAUUCCUGAGAAUUGUGAAGCAGUAUAGGAUAGGUACAUCCCAUUUAAGGUUUCAUCAGUUUAGAUACUGUACUAAGAUAUUUACAUAGUAGCCUAUUGGCUAUGUGCUGGAUACAUAUCUCACAGGGGAAAAUAAUAAUAACAAUAAUUCCACACGGUUUGGCUAUAGCCUAUGACCGGUUUGCGUACUGUUGGACAUAUAAACUGCCUGUCUUUUUUUUUUUUUUUUUCAGGCAAAUUUUAGAGGUUAUUGUCAGCAUUAACCUAAAAACUAACAAACAUUUAGGUAGCUUUCAGUUUUAUUUAAAGCUUUAUUAAUGUCAAAAGACUGCUUGCUUAGCCUAUGACAAGUGGGCCCAUGCAAACAAAAGUGCUGAUUAACGCGAAAAAAGUAAACAAUGUAUCAUUCUUAUUUCAUCUUAACUCGCCAAAUUUGUGAACGUACAAAUGAACUCUUUUAAAACCAAAUCUGAACCGAUGGUUUUGGCAUAGACCUUGACCCAACCGAUUUCCAUGGCCCCAUUACACAACACAAACCUGUAAUAGGCUCCAGCAGUAGGCUACGAAACUUCGUGUUCUUAUACGCGGUGGAAUUUAAGUUACAUGGUGAGGCGCUCAUAUAUGAAUAUUCCUAGUUGUUUGUUUGUUUGUUUUUAUUUUAAUGUUGACACUUGGCGUCCUAUUUAACGUCGUCCCCUUUUGUGACUUGAAUAAUAAGUAGGCUACACAACAUUAAUUUAGUAUAUUUUAUUUUGAUUGAUGACACUAUUUUAUGAGCCUUAAUUCAAGAAAGGCAGCUCGAUGUUUUUGGAUCAGGUCAGUCUAAAAUGACCAUGAUCUGACUGUGAAUUCAUAACAUUUUGAAAUGUGUUUGGUGCACAUUUCAGCCGUUAGAGUUGGUUAAGCCACUUCCGCAGUUGCUAUGGCUGACAACCCUGGGUAACCGUCAGAGAUAUUUCGACCUGUCAUGAUGUCCAUCAGAAUUCUCUCAUAUGCUUGUUGCAGUUGCAGCAGGAGCAGUAACAAGGAGCUGCACUAGGACUCAACGCUGAAGGUUUAAGAGGAGACCGAGUGCUCUGAAUCAACAGGACUCACUUCUAGGAAAGGUAGCCUGUAGUAUAGAGUGACAUACACUCCCUUGAAAAUCUUUAUGAACUAGAGUCUAUUUAUGUUACCGCCCCUCGCGAAUGAGUGAGGUGGGAUCGUGUACAUUCUGACAAAUACCGAUGCCGAAUUUGGUACUAAAUGAGCUGUGGUGAUUAACACGAACCACUUCCACCACAUAGCCCCAUAUAGCUCCCUGUGCACGCCAUAAUCGGGUAAACGCGGAUGCAAUAUAGCAUAAUAUAACAAUUCAUUACUUGAGCAGUACUUGACAAUGAGGGUUUAACUGAUCCAAACUGUUUUGUCAUAAACCUAUUUCAACCAAUAUAUCAAUAAUCAAUUAAUAUUAAGUAAUAUGACAAAUAGACAUCCUGAAUAGCACUUCCAGCAAAAACGUGUAUGUAAGUUGAAAGCACCGUCAGUAAAUCGUAUGAUGCACAGUAAAGUUCAAACCCAUAAUAUGGCGCAGGCUUGCUCGCCCCGGCUGGUUUGCUUUUUUUAUAAUAGGGGACAGGGCAUUUGCAUUCAAAUGAUUGAAAUUGCACAAUUUCAUGAAUAAUCUAUUUAUCUUUAUUGUAGCCUACCAUGUAACAUUCGCAGCAAAACAUCGAUGGCCUUUUGAGUUUUAAGAACCACCUGAAAAGCAAGGCCUUAUACGUCCGCCCGGUUAUACACUGCAUGAAAAACAUAACAUUCAUCUACAGAAUCACUUCGUAUUCCGCAAUGAACACAAUGGAAAUUCUGAAUACUGUAUCAGUAGUGUUUCACAUGUUUGUAAGUUUUUACUAAGAGUUUCGUAAAAUAUUAUACAUGCAUUUAAGAUUAGCAGAAGGAUUUUCUGUCAAAUUAUGUAUGCCUGAAAAAACGGUACUGUAUUGUAGUUAAAAUGACUUUUUUUCUGUUCAUUCUCUUUCCUCACCAUUGUAAAACGGCAUAUGUCUCUACACUGACACAAACCGGGGGAGGGGGAAGUCUUUGCUUGUGAAGACCCGUUAUUUUCUCUUUCACGUUAUAGGAAGUGGGAUGGAGGCCUGUCUGAUCUGUGAAAAAAAUGGACCGCAAAAAGUAUGAAUAAUAGCUUAUCUUUCUAACUCACACUUAUACAGACCUAGUGUAAAACUGAACAAUUACGAAGGUAUUAGAACAUGCUGAUUAACGUGCAAAUCUUUUUUUUUUUUUUUUUUUUGUAUACACGCGUUUAUUGCAUUCUUAGCUCCUUCUACAAUUCGCAUAUCUUGAUCGACAGUUCUUGUUUCAGAAUUUGAAUAUAUGUAUUAACUUGCAACUUGAAAAAAAAAAAAAAAAGCUCUGAAGAUUUCUCAAAGCAUGGCUAUUUUUUUUAUUCUGCACAUGCUGUUACCUUAGAGAGCGUGCGUACACGCAGAUAUCACACGCACACAAAAUUACAAAAAGCAUUAGCUGCAAUUAAUGUAUAUUGUGAUUCAUAUUCAUUACAUAUGCAAAGCAAUAACAAAGAAAUAAAAAACACUAUACACACAAUGGUUUAGACUCUUUUUUUUUUCUUCUUUUUUUUUUUUCCUGAAUUCAAACGAGUUUUGGAUUGGUAAAAUGCAAACAUCGAUAUUUUCAUUCGGCUUUUAACUUGCCACUGUUAACAAUGUUUGCUUCAAAUUCCAAGUUUGAUCUCUGUUUGAGUUUAAAUGCUUAUCUCCCUGAAAUAGAUGCAUUAAAUUUUGCAGUGUGUAUAAAGAUAUCUAUUUAAAAUGAUAAAACGCAUUUAUUUUUAAAAUGCGAUAAUGACAUAACGACAAUGUUUAAUUUAUAAAAUAAAUAAUGUAAAAGGCUGCACAUCGUUAUAUGUGCUGCCCAACAUACCCAUAUGUCAGCAUUAAUAAUUUUUCACAACCGUGACAACACAAAGUUGUAACAAUACUCCGACUAAAUGACUAAUAUUAAUUUCUAAGCAUGAACUUAUCACUAGCGAAUUAUUUGCUCUAAGAGAGGUGGGAUUACAACAGUAUGGUAAUUAGCUAGGGGGAUGGGGGUGGCCAUGGGUGGAAUAUCCAUUUUUAUUGCAUCACCUGUCAGUAACGUCCAAUCAGCGUCGGCUUUGGGGGCAUUAAUUGAUGAAGGUGUCUCCGGCCUUGCUCAGUUCCCACUGUCAUUUUAUUUGUGACUAAACCAGCAACGGGAAUAGCAGCUGCAUUUUGGGCACUAUUUCUCUCUCUCUCUCUCUCUCCCUCCCCCUCUCUCUCUUGCUCUCUCUGUCGCUCACUCCCUCUCUUUUUCCCUUCCCUACUCUCCUCGCUUUUUAUCCUUUUCACUGGCAGUGCUGUUCACCUUCCUCUUUUCCUCAUGGCCAAAUGGGAAGGGAGCUGAGGGAGCGCAGGUAUACAGGAGCUCAGACAGGCAGCAGCCAGCCUGUCGGCAACAUCACACACAUUCCAUCGAUCAUGCAGUGCUCAGGUCAAUGGACUGAUUGUUUUAAUUCAAACAGGCCAUUUCAUUUUUAUUUUUCUAUUUAAAACUUUUUGUUCAACACGCAGUGUGGACAUGUCAAAGCCCAUGCUGGACCGGUCAGCAGAAUGCCUUGAAAUAAAGAAGCAGCAGUAGAGCUACUUUAAGGACAUCCGUCGCUCUAAAUGUUGGAAUUAAUGCAAUGAAGAAAAUGGGGGACUUGGAAUCCGGUUUUGAAGAAAUGCAGGGUGUAAAGCUUGGCUAUUUGGUUAUCAAAGGCAAACAAAUGUUUGCCCUUUCUCAAGUCUUCACCGACCUCUUGAAAAAUAUUCCGCGGACUACUGUACACAAACGAAUGGACCAUUUAAACGUGAAGAAGCAUCACUGUGAUUUGGAGGAACUGCGAAAGCUCAAAGCAAUAAAUUCUAUAGCUUUCCAUGCAGCUAAAUGCACUCUGAUUUCAAGAGAGGACGUUGAGGCACUGUAUUUUUCAUGUAAAACUGAGCGCGUAUUGAAAUCAAACAAAAGAAGGGAAAAGACAAAAAAUUCCUCAGAAAAAAUGUGCGACGGCAAAAAUCGCACCUCUACCAGAAGUGACUUUUGGAGAGAGAAAGUUUGGUUGAGUUUGCAUGGCGUUCCUCAGACUUUCUCAUUCAAAAAUAAAGCUGUUCGACAGGACCCUGUCCCUCGCACUCACUCAAAUCUACCUCAAAUUUACAGUAAAUCCUUCGGCCGUGACUUUCAACCGGUCACGAAGUCGGCAUCUACACCCUUUAAAAACUAUGAAACAGAUCAAAUACCUGACAACUGUGUGGCUUUUAAUCAGAAACAUACGCUUUUUCGGCACGUUGUGAAUCGGCAACCGCUGCUCUAUCAGUCCGCCAUUGCAGCGCAGGCAAAGCACCAAGGCAACGCAGACCUACUUUACAGAAGGAAGAGGAAGCGCGAGAGCAGCGCGAGGCAGUUUUGGUCGAGGAGCAGACGAAGCCAUCCGGUUUUGGUCGUCCCAAAGUGCUGUAAACCAAAAGUUCCCAACGGAUCUUUAAGCCAGUUUCACCACCUCGAGCAUGGAUUGUACGUCGAUCCUCGGCACACUGGACAUUUUCAGGAAAGCUGCAGCAGCGACACGGAAUCUAGCUCCGUCUCAGAACGGGUGAACAACGAUUCGGAUUUCGGCUCGAGUUUCUCUACCACCAGCAACUCCGGGACUUCAGAUGAGGAGGAGGAGGAUGACUCUCUCUCGGACUCUUCAGAUGUCAGCAGCGAUGAAGAGAGCUCCUCUCAGUCUGAUUCGAGCUCUGUGUCCAGUCAAGUUUCAGUGCAGAGUAUUCGUUUCAGGCGUGCGAGGUUCUCAAGUCUCAACACAAAAGCACCUCUGCUCUUACAGCCAACUUUUCACUACAGGCCUAAUGUGCAGAACAUCACCACUAACCAAGGAGUAACGACUACUUUGAAUUGCGAACGAACUGGCAAAACUCAGAAAUCGGACUUCACAUCGUCCAGGGACGCACACAAGGAUGGUGAUGCCGCUAAAGUGCAGAAGUUCUGCCCGGUGCGGUCCUGUUUCCCAGAUUUAAGACAAAACGAGGGCUCUGAAGCACCAUCACGCCUUGAAUUUUCAAACGAUCCAAAGACAACAGACUCUGUCGCUAACAGAAUUAAAGAGACUGGGCUUACACCUAAUGCAAAUGGAAACAAGGCGUUUCCCCAACAAAGAAUACCGGGUUCUGCAAACAAAUGCUCCCAAGCCUUGAUCUCCCACUGUGUCCCGGACAAAGAAAUAACGGUUUGUAAGUCUUCUGACAGCAAUCUUUCGUUAGCAGCAAAUUACAAGAGGGAAGCAAAAACUUCCCUGAAACUGCCUUCACCUCUAAAACCUAUCAAAACAGAGACCGAGGAGCCCAUUAGUACCUCAGGCUUCAACAAUGAGGGCAACAGGGCAGUAAAAACGCCACCAUUUUUACUCAACAAUGUGAAGAUUAAGGUGGAGGACACCUUUGACGAAUAUGAAUAUGCAAAUCAUAUCCCUCCGGAAUAUCAAUGUAAGGAUAACGACGUUGAUGGCCCGCGCAUCAGUAACGAUUUAAAGGAAACUGACCACUGCAAAGCCACAGAGAGCUCUGUUCAAAAACACCCCGCCUGUAACGAGGAAUCAAGAAGCACUUUAAACACCCCUUGUUCCGAGGAAGGGGAGUCCAAGAAUGGUGCAAGGGUCAGGAAAAACUACAGGGCGAUGCUUUUGGGUAAAAAAGCCGAAAGUGUGAGGACAUCCGCGAAAUCAAUUGCAAAAGUUGACCGGAGCCCCCGUUCUGCAGGAAAAUUCGCUAGCAGUGAGGGAUCGAAUGAAGACUGUGCGGGCGCGAGCAAACGCAAACGGGCGAGCGCCAAUGUAGCAUCUCUGAAAAAGCCCUUCAGAUUCAUGGCGAAUUUUCCCUCUCCGCCGUCUCUUGUUAUUGGCAGCGAUGGAGAUUUGAGUCCCGCUUACUCUUUGAACUCUUUAAGAAGUAACCAACUGCCACAUCGUUCUCACCCUGUGUGGAGAUGGCAGCUUGGUCAUUCAGUUGUUCCUCCCCCUCCAAGCCACAAAUUCAGGAAAGCCUCUGUUAUCCCGUGAACUGGUGUUUUGAGCUCGGGGGGAAAUGUCUUAAAACUGUGACAAGCACUGAUUCCCGUUAGUUGUUUUGUUUUCAUUGUUGUUUUCAAUGCAUACGUUUCUGGCCUGUUGUUAUGUAGCACACACCGUACUCGUAUAGCACAGGCUGCUCUGGGACUCGGGAAUAUACGGAGGUAUUUAUAAUAAGCUGGUCUAGUAAGAAAAACAACAACAACAAAAAAAAACCCCAGUUGUUUUCAAAAUGACAUUAUUGACAUCGUGGAGCUGUUUUUGACCUGAUGGACUAGACUCUCACGGAGCAAAUGUUGGCUCGUUUUGCAGGCAGGGUUAACCAUCUCUCAAAAGGAUGGCGUUAUGAUUGUCAGGUCUGUGUCAACUAAAAUGUUGAUUUUGUUUUUAAACAACUUACUUUUUCGGUAUAUUUUGGGCCAAUGUUUUGUAUUUUCCCUUGAUGCUUCAUCCACAUACUGUAUUUUUGAAUUACUGUAGGCCGUUGAUCCAUACCUUUCUUAUUUAUUCAUUUUAUGGGUGCUCUCCAAUUGUUGGCGCCUGGCUGUGUUCACUCACACGCAGCGCACCAUAACUCUCACGGUAGGCCGCCCAACACAAUGGCCCUCUAACUGACAAUCAAGAGCUGUUUGAUUUGCACGAUGUAAUAGAGGGAAAAACACCAAAAUCAAACUCCUUCUUUGGCACAUUCAUAGCUUAAGGUAUAGAACAGCUAAAGCACAAAUUUACCAUGCAUUGCACUUUGCUAAUGCCCAUUAAGGUGAAUUAGUGAUGUGUGUGUGUGUUUUUAUUUUUCGAUUCUCUUACGCAAAAGAGCCAUGGCAAGUUAACCCAAAAAACCUUUUUAAAAUCAGUAAUUAUUAAUGUGGUGCUAUUUCCAAUAUUCUCGUUUGCUUUUGAGAGGUGGUUUUGCUAGUCGUUCUUAUUGUAAAUGUUGCCGAUUUAAACGGAGCGACCUACAGACAACUGCAAACGAAAUCAAAGAAGAAAGAAAAAAAGACCUCGGUGCUUAGUGGAAUAUACACACAUUCUGGUCAGGGUAUACUUAGUAAAUGUUUAUUUCUCUUUGACUCAAGUAGCCUUGUCCUUUUCGUAUGGUGUUUUGAUUGUAUUUUCUUUUGCUAGGCCUAUUUUCCAAGCAUAUGGAUUACCUUGGCACUCGAAAACGUAACCUUAAAAACAUGCAAGUGUUAACUUGGUGUUCCACUAGAGUACCCUGCUCCAUAUAAAUGCCUUGUGAUGAAUGUACUGUGACGUACCAUAUUUGUUUACUUCAGCAAAAGCAGACUGCCUCCAAAACGGCCUUUAAAAGCAAAUUGUAUCUGUGAUUGGAUCAGCCAAUCAGCUAAAUUCAUACUUUUUUGAUGAUAUUGCCAAGGGGCAAAAAUAUUCAACCGCAUUCUAAUUUCCUAAACAAAAACAUAAAUACAAAGCCUGUGAGUUAUCACUAAACAGGCAUAGACUAUGCAGAUUUGGCUAAAGAGAGGCUACCGGGUUCACAUCAUUCUGAGAAAACAUGUAAUAAACUUAACGUAUUAAGGAAUGGGCCCAUUAGGUGUACUGUUUUGAUUAACGUGUACAAGUGUGGAUAGACACUAUGUAGCCUAUUAAGUGAAGCUGCAUCGCUUUGUGAAUGUUCCAGUAUGCGAUAUAGUGUGACACUCUGACAGGUGAAUGAUUAAAAUAUAGUAGUUCUAUAUUUUUGUAACGCGACUAUUUAAUGUCUGCUCUCUCGGGCGUAUAAAGGGAACUUUUAUUCCGUUCUGUGUCAAAGUACACUGCGGACGGACAGAAUAGCUAUGUCGUCCCAACUUCAGAGGAAUGAAUUCAAAACUAGCCAAAUUAAACAGAAUGUAGCGCACACAUCACAACCCCAUUAAGUUAGAUCUCCACAAUGAACAGAAAUGGAAAAAUGGGCGGUGACUCAUUGUAAACAUGGUAGGUUAGGAAUUAUCUGGUCAAGGUGGACUUUGUUUUUUAUCUUUCUGCUUUUGCUACAAUACUUGAGGUCAGAUUUUGACAUGAGUUCUUUCUUAAAUUGAAGUCACUGGUUGUUUAUAAAAAUGCAUAUUUAUUUUUGUGAUUUUCCUGGUUUUUGUAUACCAUUGUUGUGUAGGAUAAAUGCACUCGAAAUGAAAACUUGAAAACGUGAGCUGGAUUUUGAAGCACUUUCUUUUUCUUUUUAUGGUGAAACUGUUCAUUAAAUACAUCUGAGUGUGAUGUGA